GCCUGUGUCACACGCCUUCACCUUGUGCCACCGCUCCAUCUACACGUGCGCUUUCAGAGAGGUCGCCCCCCGACCACUGACUCCUCUCUACACAUUCAUGGACAGACUUGCGCCCCGACCGGACCGGACCACUGUCCCCCUCCGGCGGAGACUCUCGCAUGAGACGCGCAAGUGAUCGGAGGGGUGAUGCCAGGGGAGCUGGAGAGAGAGCCUGGAAUCAAGGCACGCUCCAUUCAUCAAGGACCGCGUCCCUUGACAAGCUUGCAGACCUGAUAACUCGGGCCGGACGGGACUGCUUCUUCUGACUCGUCUUGCUCCGACGCGGUCACGGAUGGAGAAAUUUCACUGGUGAAGGACAGAAGGUGAAGGGGUUGAAAUCUGGACUGAUUUGUGUUUGGGCUCACGAUGUGGCGGAUGGUUCGGUGUCCUUUCGGACUUGGUUGAGCUGAACUUGGCCGGAGCCGGGAGUGCUCUCGGGGGAAUUGGAAAUGGCUCGUCCCAGCAGAAGAUCGGCGACUUCAAACCAAAAAAAUCAUCGAUUUCUUCACCUUCUUCACCUGCUUUCAUCAAACCUGUCUGGGAUUUUGAAGUAGCCACCCUUGUGUUCACAUCUUCAUCCUUAUUUCUUUGGACCGUCCUGAAUCGGAACCACCCCAACGUCUUCGUCCGUUCUGCAGCUUUCCCCUCAGCGGUGCUUCAUCGCCCUGGGUGAGCGGGCGGUGGGGGUGGCCCGAGGAACCCCUGGACACCUGGGCGCCACCGAGCCGCCAAAGGCCGGCGAAGCAGGGUAAGGCUCGGCGCUGGGAAGAUGGCCGCUCUCGCCAGCUCCCUCAUUCGCCAGCGAAGGGAGGUCAAGGACCCCCAAGCAAACCGGCAGAUUGCCAGCAAGCGCAAGCCGUGCCCGAAGAGCAACAAGUCACUCUGCCAGAAACAAAUCCUGAUAUUGAUAUCAAAAGUUCGACUAUGUGGCAGUCGAGGGAGAAAAAUGGAAAAAAGACCGGAGCCCCAGCUGAAGGGCAUCGUCACACGGCUCUACUGCCGACACGGAUUCUACCUCCAGAUGCUGCCGGAUGGCACCAUGGAAGGCACAAAGGACGAAAGCAGCUCCUUUUUGCAGUUCAACUUGAUUCCUGUGGGACUCAGGAUAGUGGCCAUCCAGAGCACCAAGACGGGGCUCUACGUCGCCAUGAACAGCGAGGGCUACCUCUACACAUCGGAACACUUCACGCCGGAGUGCAAGUUUAAGGAGUGCGUCUUUGAGAACUACUACGUCACGUACUCGUCCAUCCUGUACCGGCAGACCCAGUCGGGGCGAGCCUGGUACAUCGGCAUCAACCGGGACGGCCAGGUCAUGAAGGGAAACCGAGUCAAGAAGACCAAGGGUGCUGCUCACUUCCUGCCCAAACUCAUCGAAGUGGCGAUGUACAGGGAGCCCUCCUUACACGACGUCGCCGAACAGAGUCCGCCCAGAAAAACGCCCAAGACCUCCAGUGACUCGCCCGUGCUGAACAACGGCAAGAAAGAAGCUCAGUCCAAAACCAAAACCUCCUCCUAGCACCGAGAGACGGAGGACAGGGUGGACGACGGACAGCAAACCUUGACUCGGGUUGUGGACCUGAAACGUCCGGGUGUCCAAAGGUCCAUGCAGGGGGAUGCUGGGAAAGGGGAAGUCCCCUUUUGUCUUCUACCACACCAGCCCUCCACCUUCUUGCCCUCUACAGUCAGCUGAACCUGGGGUGUAUAAGCAAUAACUCAGUGUAGAGCUGAACAGUGGCCUAGUGUUUUAAAGCAUGUCACCACAGCCUGUCUCACCAGCUGGACGGGCGCCCUCCAGCCGUCACGCCAGCGAGCAACCCUCCCUCCGGUCAACCAAAUAUCCCAGCAAGGUCUUCCUGGUUCCACCGCCACGGGUGCAACGUGCAAAUAUGUCCCCCUGCAGCACAUUCUUCACAAAUGGGUUUUUAUCUCCCUGCAGGGUUUUCUGCUAAUGUUAGCUUGACACAAAGCCAUGUUAAUGUGAGGCUGUCACACUGUUUCCGUUCUGCGGCCAUCUGCUGCGUCCACAUCUUCUGUUUGCGUCAGCAACUUUCAAAUAUGGCCUGAAUUCUCGUCAAACGUGUGUGUGUGUGUGAAUGUGUGUGUGUGUGUGUACAUAUCGCAGUGUUUUCCGUUCUUUUUCACUCACCUUUGGCACAAUUUGAUUAGUUUGUGACAUGGACUCAAUUUUCCACUCUGCGGCACAAUAAAACUCCCUCCCGUCCCUCUGGCUCUGCUAAUGGAGUCAGAGGCUGAUCAGAAUCUUUCGACCCUUAAACAAGCAGCCAAUCACUCCCUCGACACACACACACACACACACUCAGCAACUACACACACACUCAUAUGCAUUCUGUUGUACUUACACAUGAAAAUGAUAUCAUGACCAUUACGAUGACAUGCAUUCGCUCAGUGGCAGCAGGUGUGAUGGAAGACAUAAUGAGUCGUAAUGGAGCUGUUGUGAUUGCAUUGCAAUGGCUUUUCUUUUGCACAAACCCUCCAGGGCAACAUGGCAUCUGCAUGUCAUUGCUGCCAAACUAAAUAUGCUCAUUUUUUAUUUUUUUCUACCAAUCUGAACUGUGUGUUGAGCUGCACAUGCAGAUUAUCGACCACGCUGUCAAAAGGUCAGGCGUUUUGUUGACCCUGCGCUCGUCACUGAGCAUGUUGGAGUCGGUUCAACUCGUCCACAUUAGUUUUAUGGAUGUUUAAAGCCCCACAUCGAUCAGUUAGCGUCCAUGACAACGGAAUGCUGAUGUUUGAUUAUGUUGGUGAUCAGAAAAAUGGCAAUUCAUGCAGCUAU